AUGUACACGUCUGGGAGCACUGGUGUGCCGAAAGGAGUGCCUGUCAUGCAGUCGUCGGUGAUCGCACUGGUCUCGAACACGGAUGUCUUCCCGUUCCAGACUGGUGACAAGAUCGGGAUGAUCAACAACCUCGCGUGGGACGCCAGUAUCAUCGAUAUAUGGUGUACGCUGCUUGCAGGUGCCACGGUCGUCUGCUUCAAUAGGUACGACGUCCUCGACCUUGUCGUUCUUGCAGGGCAAUUCCAGCUGUUUGACGUCACGGGCUGCUUCAUGUCCGUUGCGCUCUUCCGCCAAGCCCUCGAUCUUGCACCCCAGCUAUUCCGCAAGCUUCGUCUUCUACAGGUCGGCGGAGAGGCCUUCUACUACGAGGAUCUACAAAGGGUGAAAUCCGUCAAUCCGUCAAUUCAACUCUUCAGUGCUUACGGCCUGACGGAGACUUGUGUCUUUGCUACCGGGUUCUGGGUUGAUGUCCCCAACAUGCCCGUCUCUGGAUCCUUGCCCAUUGGACGACCGAUGUCAACUGUUCAAGCCCUCGUUGUCGACACCACGGGCCGGCUAGUUCCGCCGGGGGUGGUCGGUGAGCUGAUCAUUGGCGGUGCUGGAGUCGGUCCAGGGUAUCUGAAGAGGCCGAAGGAGACUGCCGAGGCCUUCGUCAAGCUUGAGUUCGAUGGACUGGACCAAGGUGUCGCCCAGUAUUACCGUUCGGUAUGUCGCUUCCACACGGUCCUCCCUUAUAUGUCUAAUAUCUGA